UCUGGCACAGAUUGCCAUUUUUACUGUGUGGAUCGUCUUUCUCUUUCGGAGAAGGAGAAGGAGAAGGAGAAGGAGGAGAAUAUUAGGAUUGAAGUCGGCAACUGGAGGAGUGUGUUUUAUAGAAACCGAAACCCUAAUGUGAGUGAGGAAGACGGAGAAGAAGAAUGACCGGAUUAGGGUUUGGUGGAUUCGCAAACCAUCCAGGUCCGACAUCAAAACCCGCCGAUUCUUUCCCGGUUUUCGGAAAUCCUGCUCGGUCUCCUUCCCUUUCUACGCCAACUACUCCACCAUUCUCUGAUUCUCCACCUCUGCGGUCUCCUAGUCCCUUUCAUGAAUGGGGUAAUGGACAAAGGUCUUUCUUUGAAAAUGAUGAUAGAAGACCUAUGGUAACAACUUUGGUUGCUAAUCGUAAUUCUGGAACCAGCGUCACUGCAAAAGCUACAAGGUUCCAUGAAAUUGAACAAGGUGUCGCAAGAAAUCACUUUGUUCCUCCGAGAGCUCAAACACCUGAGUUUGCUUCCAAAAACAGUCAUCCUGUUGAAGGGUUUCACCCUUCUUCUGUUGAAAAUGUGCGGCCUGCUUCACCAUCCCCUUCAUUGGAUGGUCGACCAAAAUUUUCAGGCCCUUAUACCUUUUCACAGGCUACAGUCCGACCCUCAGUUUCACCUUAUGACGUGGAUUUUCUGUCUGAAACCGAUGAUGCCCAAGUGUCGAAAGGCCCAAAAAGAAUGAGGUCCCCUACCAUGCCAUCUGCAAUUGGAACUGAUAAUGACCAUUCUCAUUUUCCUCGAAACAAUUAUAAAAAUGCUAGGUCAAAUGUUAUUGUCAGCACACAUGAGUCUCAAGCACCACAGAGGUCUCCUCCGUCUGAAAAAUAUGCCGUCUAUAAAGUUGCUGCUACCAAUCCCACCAGCUUUGCAGUGACCAAAAGAUCAAGGUCACCUCCUUUACUUUCUGAGGAUGUGGCUUCUAUUGGAAACCCAUGUACUACUCAAGAUGGUACUGAAAGGGAAAUAGAAGCCAAAGCAAAGCGACUGGCCCGCUUCAGGGUAGAAUUAGGUGAAAACAUGCAAACCCGUGAUGAUGAUGUAGAGCAAAAGGUUUCUGCUAAUAAACUUGAGAAAGACAAAUUAGGUCCAGACCAUUCUGAGUAUGAAAGCUUGAAGCCUUCUGGUAUUAUUACUGGGCUUUGCACAGAUAUGUGUCCAGAGUCAGAAAGGGCAGAACGAGAGAGAAAAGGGGACCUUGAUCAAUUUGAACGCUUGGAUGGGGAUAGAAAUCAAACCAGCAAACACCUUGCUGUUAAAAAAUAUAAUAGGAUGGCGGAGAGGGAAGCAGACUUGAUAAGACCAAUGCCAAUCCUGCAGAAGACAAUUGAUUAUUUGCUCAAUUUGCUGGAUCAGCCUUACAACGACAAGUUUCUUGGCAUAUAUAACUUCUUAUGGGAUAGGAUGCGAGCAAUUAGAAUGGACUUGAGAAUGCAACACAUAUUCAAUCAAGGGGCUAUUACAAUGCUGGAGCAGAUGAUAAGACUUCACAUAAUCGCCAUGCAUGAAUUAUGUGAAUACUCUAAGGGAGAAGGCUUCUCUGAGGGUUUUGAUGCGCACCUCAAUAUUGAACAGAUGAAUAAAACAUCAGUUGAAUUGUUCCACUUGUAUGACGAUCACAGAAAGAAAGGAAUGCAUAUUCCCACAGAAAAAGAGUUUCGAGGUUAUUAUGCGCUUCUCAAACUUGACAAGCAUCCUGGAUACAUAGUUGAACCUGCAGAGCUCUCACUUGAUCUUGCAAAGAUGACUCCAGAAAUAAGGCAGACUGAAGAGGUGCUGUUUGCACGUGAUGUGGCAAGAGCUUGUAGAACAGGAAACUUUAUUUCCUUCUUUCGGUUGGCAAGGAAAGCGAGUUAUCUUCAAGCAUGCUUAAUGCAUGCUCACUUUGCAAAGCUAAGGACGCAAGCACUAGCCUCUUUGCAUGCUGGUCUCCAGAAUAACCAGGGUCUCCCCCUUGCCCAUGUUGCCAAGUGGCUAGCAAUGGAGGAAGAGGACUUGGAAAGUCUUUUGGAGUAUCAUGGGUUUGUGAUAAAGGUAUUUGAAGAGCCAUAUAUGGUGAAGGAGGGGACAUUUAUCAAUGGUGAUAAGGACUAUCCUACCAGACGUUCUAAGCUUGUUGAUUUUAAAAGAUCAGGAAGGAUAAUUGAGGAUGUGUUGCCCUCUAUUCAUAUCAUAUCCAUGCCUUUUAAAGUACCAAAUGAAAUGGCCGAGACAAGUAAGAGCAGUCUGAAAAGUGUUCCAUCUGUAGAAAAGGAAAGUUUUGUCUCUGAUAUUCCACCAGCCAUUGAAAUGGUUGGGGCUGUUAGUGCAGUUGAUGAAGAUUUGCCUGAUAUUCGGGCUGCUGCAUCCCAAAAGGAGUGCGUACAACCACAACCAAUAAUUAAAGCGCCUGUAAUUGGUCAGCAGAGUAAAGAUGACCAUCAGAUGUCUGGUAUCCUUCCUUUGCCAUGGGGUUUCUCAUUCACCAAAGUUGAUAGUCCUGGGAAACCAAAAGAUGGCAUGAUUUUUAGAAACUCUCUGCCCGUACACAUGGACACUGGCACAGAAGGAAUCCCAUUGCAAAGAGUUUCUGAGACGGCUCCUCAAGAGAGUUCUUUAGUUGGUCCAUUUAAUAAAGAGGAGAAUUCAGUACCCCAAACCGUGCUUAAUAAAUUGGAAGAUGAAGUACCUCCUGAUAUCCUUCAGAAAAAUGAAAAUUAUGAUUUGAAGGCGAAUUAUCAGCAUGAAGAAAUCACUGAGGCAAAACUGAAGUUGAUAAUUAGGAUAUGGAAGCGACGUUCUUCAAAGCAAAGGCAGCUACGAGAGCAAAGGCAGUUAGCUUCAGUUGCUGCAUUAAGUUCAUUGUCGCUGGGGCCACCAAUUCAUCUGUUACAAGAUCAACCAAGUGUUUCUGGUAAGUUUGACAUUGAUCAAAUUUUGAGGGAGAGAAGUAAUAAGCAUGGACAGUCAUGGUCAACUAUUAAUGUAUCAGAAGAAAUAGUGGAUACUCUAAGCAGAAGAAACCCAGAUGCUAGAUGCCUCUGUUGGAAGCUUAUUGUGUGCUCUCAUUUAAAUAACCUAGGAGAAGAUAAACUUGGGCAGAGGAACCAAGAUGUGCAUCCGACAGCAGGCUCAUGGCUGCUUGCAAAACUCUUGACUUCCAAUGAACCAGAGUAUGAAGAGGGUUUGGUGAUUUCAUCUGCAGGAUUGUCAACAUGGAGGAAAUGCAUUCAUGGCCAAUCAGGAAAAGAUAUGACCUGCUGCUGGUCUGUGGUUAAGAAUGCAGAUUUUCAUAAUCUAACUGAGACUGUGUCUGGUGCAAGUGCUGUUUUGUUCCUUGCCUCUAAAAGCAUCCCUUGGAAACUUCAAAAGGACAAGCUCUACGAACUUCUGAUGUCAAUACCUUCUGGUUCCUACUUGCCACUUUUGAUCUUAAGUGACUCUUACAAGGAUGGGGUUUCAGAUCUUUCCUCCAUUAUUGUCAAUGAAUUGGGUCUCCACGACAUUGACAAGUCGCGGAUAGGCAGCUUUUUCAUUGUUUUUCUUGUUGAAAACCAGCAAGUAAAUGGUUUUUUCAGUGACAAGAGACUGAGGGAGGGUCUACAGUGGCUGGCAAGCGAAUCACCUAGGCAACUUGUUCUUCAUUAUGUGAAAACUCGUGAACUUGUUCUUAGCCAUUGGAAUUCUUCAUUUAAGGUUUUAAGGCAAAUGAAAGACUAUGAAAUAGAUCCAAAUGACUUAGUACUAGCUUUCAAUGAAGCCUUGGAUCAAUCACUCGAGGAAAUUUCUGCAGCAGCCAAAGAAAAUCGUAUCGGUUGGCCUUGUCCUGAGAUUUCACUGUUGGGGUUCAGUGAUGAGUACAGAAUCAUUGAAAGUUACAUACCAAAAAUUGGAUGGAGUUCGGUUGAUAGAAUUCAACUCCUAAUUUCUGCACUGCAAGGAUGCAAACUCCCUGUUUUUCCAGAUGGUUUAUCCUGUUUGUCGUGUGGUUCAUCUAAAGAGAUCAAGAACCAGCUUGUAAAACUUGAAAACAGCUUGAUCAUGUACCUUAGCAAAAUGAUGGGAAUUGAGUUUGCCCUUAGAGAGGCACAUGUUAUGCUACAAAGACAUUGUAAAAUUAAUCUCCUCGGUUCAUCCUUCUACAUUGUUCCAAAUUGGUUUAUGAUCUUGUGGAGGAUCACUAACUGGCGGUUGAUGGGUGUAUCCUAUGGGGCUUCUUCUUCAGCUUAUAUUUUGGAGCGUCCAGAUUCUAGUUAUAACAUGGCUGAGUUGGAUUGUGGACUUUCACCUAUUUACUCGAGUCACCCAUCUCUGGAUGAAAUGAUCGAAGUAGGUUUCAGUGGCGAAGUUGAUGAGGCUGAAGUUGGUUUCAGUGAAGUUAGCGGUGAAGUUCAAGAGGCUGAAGUUGGUUUCAGUGAAGUUAGUGGUGAAGUUCAGGAGGCUGAAGUUGGUUUCAGUUGUGAAGUUGGGGCUGCCAAGACAAGCCCUAUCGUGGAGGAUGAAUCAAGUCUGGACAAGGCAUCUGAUAUAAACAGUGGGUUGGACAGCAGUCAAACUUUAAGCCUACUGUUAGAUAAAUGCGAGGAUCUACAAAGCAUACUUGAAGAAAAACUGUAUAUCUAUUUUUGAUCUGCUGAUUUUCAUGAUGUAAAAAUUUUGUAUAUUCAGGGAUAGUUCUACAUCGAUCAUCGUUUUUUUCUGUACAGAUGAGUAGAUCUGCAUCUAAUCAUAUUAACAAUAUACAAAUAUAAAUAUGAUCAGAAAGCUACGAAAGUCAGCAAUUAGAUUUGAUAA